AUGGCUGAUACCGAGGCGAGUCUGUCAGAUGCUCAGUGCAAUUUAACGGCAAGCACGACUCCAACACGAAGUGUUUGCGAUAAGAAGGAUGAUGCUGAUGAAGAAGUGACAACUGGUAACGAAUGCGAUGGCGAAGGAAAUCCUGCUCUUGCUCAGCCAGCCAUUCUGUAUCCGAGAAGGUCACCGAGAAAGCUCGAUGUGACGGCGUCUAGAUUACCCCACAACAUUCUCAUCAACAUAUUUCAAUACUUGCAAAUGAAGGACCUUCAGUCUUGCAUGCUCACAUGCCAUACAUGGUCGAAUGCUCUUGCUCUUGAGGAUUCCGAAGUGUGGCAGAAUUUGAUUGCUAAGCAUGUUCCUGCAGCAGCUCUCUCUGAUCCAUUUCUACUCGCAGAGCUGACUUCAGCAAAGAAAAAAUUGAGAGCUUGGUGUUUUGCGUGGAAUGAUUCGGAUAUUUCACGAAACAAUUACAUUCGCACUAAUGGUUUCACUGUGCACCGACAACCCGUAGCACAAUCUACCGAUGGAGUAAGGGGUAAACGAGGAGUCUCAACAGGAGUUCAUGCUUUUGAUAUUACGUGGGAAGGUCCACUAGGAACUGUUGCAGUUGUGGGAUUUGCGACAAGACAUGCUGCUCUGCAUUGUGUUGGCUAUAUUGCCUUAUUAGGAAGCGAUGAACAAUCUUGGGGUUGGAAUUUGGUCGACAAUGUUCUGAUGCACAACUCUGAGCAACUUGGAAUCUACCCUCGUAUCAACAAUCCACCCAAAUAUGAGGUUGGAGAGAAAAUUCGUAUGAUAAUCGAUUGCGACAAGCACGUUGCAUUCUUCGAGCGGAACUCGGAAUUCCUUGGAAUCGCAUUCAAUCAUUUGCCGCCAGUCAAACUUUUCCCAGCGGUUUGUGCUGUAUACGGAAACACUGAGGUUUCGAUGGUCUACAUGGGAAGUCCAGUUAUGGGCUGA